AUGGUGGAAACACGACACGGGACCCACACGAACGAUGGACAAAAUGGCAGACCACAACCAAAUGGGCAAGGAGGACAGCCAGACUUAAUUCAACUGAUGCAAGCAUUUGUUGCUGCUGCUGCUGCCAACCCUCAACAGCCACAACAACAACAACGUGGACCUCUAAUUAGGAGUAGAGAUCAACUUCUGGAUGCAUUCUGCAAACGUCGCCCUCCGAUCUUUUAUGGGGAAGCAAACCCUAGUGCUGCAGAAGCAUGGAUCAAACAAAUCUCCAAAUACCUGGAAGUACUUAAUGUGACCAAUGCGGGUGAUCGCAUUGCCUUAGCAACAUUUCAGAUGCAAGGGGAAGCAGAUCAUUGGUGGGAUUUGAUUAAGACCACUCAUAAUUUGACAACUAUGACCUGGCGGAUGUUUGAAAACCUUUUCCUCGAAAAAUACUUCCCAGCACCUGUGAAGCAAGCCAUGGCCCAGGAAUUUAUGGACUUGAAGCAGCGUACUCUGACAGUAACCCAGUAUGCUGCCCGUUUUGAAGAACUCGCACGUCAUGCUACUACCAUAGUACCCACCGAUGAUGCAAAGGCAAGGAAGUUCGAAUGGGGUCUGUCCCACUCUAUUCGUACUAGUGUGGUUUCUCAUGAGUACCCCACCUAUGCACAGGUGGUGAGAUGUGCACUUAUGAUGGAACGCGAGAAAUCUGAUUCAAGGUCAACCUGGGAGGCGCAAAAGAAGAAUGGCCCAUCUGUUGGAGGACCAAUCCGAACAAACCACAACAAGACUGUUGUCGCUCAAACACCCUAUUACCAGAACAACCCUCGCCCUCUUCAGCAAAUCCCUCAAACCUGGAAGAACUCCAACGUUAAUCCAAAUCAAAACCAAAAUUCACCUCAGGCAUCUUAUAAUCGCAGGUGUUUCAACUGCAACCAAGAGGGCCAUUUCAGGAACAAUUGCCCAAAGCUUGUUGGAUCUGGAAAUUUUGGGCAAGGGAGACAGCAACAAUUUCAGGCUCGGCCGUCAGGAUUUGGGAACCAGAAUCCGGUUAAUCCGAACCAGCAGAAGAUCGGAUGGAAUCAGCAACAAUCUCGUCCUUUUCAGAACAAUGUAGGUGGACAGAACAAGCCAACAGGAGGCAGAGUCUUUGCUCUGCAAGGCACUGAGCAAGAUACUGAGGAUAAGUAUGACCCGUCGGUGAUACAAGGUACUCUUAUACUAUAUAGCACUUGUGUUCAAGCACUAUUUGAUUCAGGAGCUUCGCACUCUUUCAUAUCUACUACAUGUGUCUCUACUCUUGGACUAGAAACAGAACCUCUAGGGACGACAAUGCAUGUAACCUCACCCUUAGGCGGUAAAAUUUCUGUGGGAUUAAUCUGUAAAGGGUGCGAAUUAGAAGUAUCUAACCUGAGAUUAACUGUCGACCUAAGAGUAAUCGACAUGAUGGACUUUGAUGUCAUACUUGGAAUGGAUUGGCUAUCCGCGCAUCGUGCUAUCGUAGAUUGCCAUCGAAAGAUAGUGACAGCAUAUUCACCAGACGGUACGUGCUUCAAAUUUAAGGGGGAUAGACAAGACCCUUCCGCUAUAACCAUGCACCGAUCGAGGUGGCAUGAUAAGCUUUCUGGGUGGCUAGCGAGCCUCAAGCUAGAGGAGACAGAUCGUAUGGAACUUGGUCUUCCUCACAUUGUGUGUGAGUACGAGGACGUGUUUCCCGAGGAAUUACUUGGACUACCGCCACAUCGAGACUUGGAUUUCACGAUCGAGUUGCAACCAGGUACGGCACCAAUAUCCAUGGCACCAUAUAGGAUGGCACCAGCGGAACUACGAGAGUUGAAAACUCAGCUGCAAGAAUUGAUGGACAAAGGUUUUAUCCGACCCAGUACAUCACCGUGGGGAGCCCCUGCUUUAUUUGUCAAAAAGAAAGAAGGAACACUCAGACUCUGCAUCGACUAUCGCCAACUCAAUAGAGUCACAAUCAAGAAUCGUUAUCCCUUACCUAGAAUCGAUGACUUGUUUGAUCAACUGAGAGGAUCAACUUGCUUUUCAAAGAUCGAUCUACGGUCUGGAUACCAUCAGCUGCGAGUUAGAGACAGUGACAUACCCAAGACGGCUUUUCGAACCCGUUAUGGCCACUAUGAAUUUGUGGUGAUGCCAUUUGGGCUAACCAACGCUCCUGCCGUUUUCAUGUGUCUAAUGAACAAAAUUUUCACGCCGUACUUGGACAAAUUUGUGGUAGUGUUCAUUGACGAUAUUUUGGUGUACUCGCCAACUGAGAAAGAACACGAGGAGCAUUUGAGAAUCGUACUGCAAGUACUUCGGGAUAAUCAAUUAUACGCAAAGGCUAGCAAAUGCGAAUUUUGGAUGACAGAAGUCAAAUUCCUAGGACACGUGGUGUCAGAGAAAGGAAUCUCUGUGGAUAACAGCAAAGUAGAAGCUGUCAUGGACUGGAAACGACCAUCAACAGUGUUUGAGAUUAGGAGUUUCUUAGGAUUAGCUGGCUACUAUAGAAGGUUUAUUCAAGAUUUCUCAAUUUUGGGGAAACCAAUGACGCGACUUACCCAGAAAGGGGUCAAUGUACUGUGA